AUGGAAGAGUGCUCCAAGCUCGGCCUGGCCCAGUCGACUGGCGUCAGCAACUUCGGCCCCAUGAAGCUCUCCCAUAUCCUCCAAUUCCGCACCAUCCCUCCCGCUGUCGAUCAGGUGGAGAUGAACGUAGCAUGGCAGCAGGAGAAACUGUGGGAGUACUGCAGGGAAAAGGGAAUACAUGUUAGCGCUUGGUCGCCGUUAGCAGCCAAUGGAGCCUCUUGGGGUUCCAUGGCUGUCAUGGACAGCCUCAUCCUUAAGAGCAUUGCAGAAGCUAGAGGAACCAACGUGGCUCAGGUGGCGCUGAGAUGGAUACACGAGCAAGGGACGAGUGUGAUAGUGAAGAGCUUCAACACGGAGAGGAUAAGAGGCAACCUGAAGAUCUUCGAAUGGGAAGAGGAACUUACAGGGGAUGAGAUGGAGAAGAUCAAGCAGAUCCCGCAGAGAGGAGGAGUUUCUGGGAGUGUGUAUGUCAAUGAAAGUGGGCCGGGUGGCUACAAGUCUCUUGAUGAACUCUGGGAAUGGCUAACUAAAUUCGUGGACAUUUGUAUGCCUUGGCUGCCAAUGUUAUUACUGUUAUAA